GGGGGCAGCCUGGCACUCCGAGCCGGAGGCGGCACCGGGCAGCGGCACGGAGCGAGCCCGGGCGGAGCGCGGCACCCAGCGGCCGCUGAGGCUGAGGCUGGGCCGGCGGCUGUAGAAGCGGGGCCGGGGGGAGCCGCUCCGCGCCCGGCUGCACGCUGCCGGUGACCUUCCCGGAGCUGCUCAGGCCGGGCAGGGCCUCGUCUCCCCGCGGAGAUCGUGCGGCAGGCCCCGGGGAGAGAAGAGGAGAGGAGGCCGGGCCGGAAUCUCCAGCCGCCCCCGGGUCUUGCCGGCCGUCGGCGGGGCCUGUGCGGGGAGAAGGGGCGGGAGACGGCAAGCGGGACGGUCGGGCGGCACCUCCCGACAGUGGGGAGGCCGUGAAGAGAGGAAAGGGAGGAGGAGGCAGCCCGAGGCGGCGCAUCCCGGGAGGAGCGAGGAACUCCCCGUUGCCGUCCUCCUCUCCGCGCAUCCCGCGGAGAGCGGGGACCGCCGGCUGGCAUCUCCCGGCUGCGGGACCGGAGCUGGAGCUGCGCGCCGGGAGCGGGGAAGGAAGGAAGACGGGGAAGAGGCGCCGGGCGUCCCGCCGCCGUCCGGGGGAGGUGUCCUGUAACAGCUCCUGAUCAGCAAGGCAGCAAGUCAUGUAGAAGCUGCAGGAUCAGCAGAGUCUCUGAUGGAUAACUGGACUGGGAGUAAUAUGUGGGAGGCUGUGGACUAUUUGCUUCCGACAUAGGAACAGCACUGGGUUGGGAAUCUGAAACUCCUGAGAGAAUGCUGGGAAUCUGCAGAGGGAGGCGGAAAUUCCUGGCUGCCUCUCUGACCGUCCUCUUCGUGCCAGCCAUAACGUGGAUUUAUCUGUUUGCUGGGAGUUUUGAAGAUGGGAAGCCAGUGUCGCUGUCUCCACUUGAAUCCCAGCCCCACAGCCCUCGUUACACGGCCUCCAGCCAGCGGGACCGCGAGAGCCUGGAGGUCCGCAUGCGGGAGGUGGAGGAGGAGAACCGCGUGCUCCGUAAGCAGCUCAGCCUGGCGCAGGGCCGCGGCCCCUCACACCACCGUGGCAACCACUCCAAAACCUACUCCAUGGAAGAGGGGACGGGUGACAGUGAGAGCCUGCGGGCUGGCAUUGUGGCUGGGAACAGCUCUGAGUGCGGGCAGCAGCCAGCGGUGGAAAAAUGUGAGACCAUCCAUGUUGCCAUUGUUUGUGCAGGGUAUAACGCCAGUCGGGAUGUUGUCACACUCGUCAAGUCUGUCUUAUUUCACAGGCGAAACCCGCUCCACUUCCACCUCAUCGCAGAUGCAAUUGCCAAACAGAUCCUCGCAACUCUGUUCCAGACUUGGAUGGUCCCUGCUGUGCGCAUAGACUUCUAUGAUGCAGAUGAACUCAAGUCGGAAGUAUCUUGGAUCCCCAACAAACACUACUCUGGGAUUUACGGGCUGAUGAAGUUGGUUCUGACUAAGACUCUACCUUCCAAUCUUGAGCGAGUGAUUGUCCUCGACACAGACAUAACGUUUGCCACUGACAUUGCUGAGCUGUGGGCUGUCUUUCACAAGUUCAAAGGGCAGCAGGUUCUUGGCUUAGUGGAGAACCAGAGUGACUGGUAUUUGGGCAACCUUUGGAAGAACCAUCGACCCUGGCCAGCGCUUGGGAGGGGCUACAACACAGGGGUUAUCUUGCUCCUUCUGGAUAAGUUACGGAAGAUGAAAUGGGAGCAGAUGUGGAGACUCACAGCCGAGAGGGAGUUAAUGAGCAUGCUGUCCACUUCACUGGCUGACCAGGAUAUCUUCAAUGCAGUCAUCAAACAAAACCCCUUCCUUGUCUACCAGCUUCCCUGUUUCUGGAAUGUGCAGCUGUCUGAUCACACCCGUUCCGAGCAGUGCUACAGAGAUGUGUCUGACCUGAAGGUGAUUCACUGGAACUCACCAAAGAAGCUGCGGGUGAAAAACAAGCACGUGGAGUUUUUCCGCAACCUCUACCUGACAUUCCUGGAAUACGACGGGAACUUGCUGAGACGGGAACUCUUUGGCUGUCCCAGCGAGGCAGAUGUUAACAGUGAAAACCUCCAGAAACAGUUGUCUGAGCUGGAUGAGGAUGAUUUGUGCUAUGAAUUUCGUCGAGAACGUUUCACUGUCCAUCGCACUCAUUUGUAUUUUUUACAUUAUGAAUACGAGCCUGCUUCGGACAAUACUGAUGUAACACUGGUGGCUCAGCUUUCAAUGGACAGGCUCCAGAUGCUUGAAGCCAUCUGCAAACACUGGGAAGGUCCAAUCAGCCUGGCACUCUAUCUUUCUGAUGCAGAAGCCCAGCAAUUUCUGCGUUACGCCCAGGGCUCAGAAGUACUCAUGAGCCGCCACAAUGUCGGCUACCACAUUGUGUACAAGGAAGGCCAGUUCUAUCCAGUGAAUCUUCUGAGGAAUGUGGCCAUGAAGCACAUCAGCACACCAUACAUGUUUCUGUCUGACAUUGACUUCUUGCCCAUGUAUGGACUCUACGAGUACCUCAGGAAGUCAGUCACCCAGCUGGACCUGGCUAACACCAAGAAAGCUCUGAUCAUACCGGCUUUUGAGACCCUACGCUACCGCCUCUCCUUCCCCAAGUCAAAAGCAGAGCUGCUGUCUAUGUUGGACAUGGGAACCCUCUUCACAUUCAGGUAUCACGUCUGGACAAAAGGGCAUGCGCCAACCAACUUUGCCAAAUGGCGAACAGCCACCACCCCGUACCGCGUGGAGUGGGAAGCAGACUUCGAGCCAUACGUCGUCGUGAGGAAGGACUGCCCAGAGUAUGACAGACGGUUUGUUGGAUUUGGCUGGAACAAAGUAGCUCACAUCAUGGAGCUGGAUGCACAGGAGUACGAGUUCACGGUGCUGCCCAAUGCCUACAUGAUCCACAUGCCGCAUGCCCCCAGCUUCGACAUCACCAAAUUCCGCUCCAACAAGCAAUACCGCAUCUGUCUCAAGACCUUGAAGGAGGAGUUCCAGCAGGACAUGUCGCGUCACUACGGCUUCGCAGCUCUCAAAUAUCUCACGGCAGAGAACAACAGCUAGCACAGCAGAGCCCGUUUACAGGAAACAGAGAUGCCGGAGGGAGGAGCCACUCAACGUUUGGGGCCCAGUCUUCAAACUUCAAACUGAGAAAUACUUUCUGUUUUUAUACCAUACCUGGCAGUUCUAACAGUAGGGAUUUGAAGUGACAUGUCUGCAGACUGCGGUCAUUAGCCCCUUCCUCAAUGAUCCCAGGCCUUUCAGCUUUAGCAUUUGUGAGGUGUCAAUGAGAGGGGCCAGCCAUUCACCCGCCAUACCACAGGAUGUGCGAAUGAGGCAUGAGCUGGGAAUGCACUCUGUUCUCUUAACUGCAGAGCAAAGACAGACCUUCAGAAUAUAGGAUUUCAUGUUGCUAUUUAAUUAUGAGACAUACUUUUUAACUCUAAAGGAAGAUCUUCGGGUCGCUGUCCUGUGAAUUUCAAAUCUGCACUACUCUGAAAGGGAACUUUCACCUGUGAACAUUCAUAGUGGCCCUCAACAUGGAUGACCUUGUUAAUGCAGGAUGAGCCAAAAGUCUGAAUUAGCCUUGAAAAUGAAGGGGACACUUAUAUAAUACUGCACUCCAGAGAAGGUGUGUUUAGGUGUGUACAUGGUAUUGGUUGGUCUUUUAUUCUCAAAUUAGUCAUGUUUUAUCAGGAAAAUCCCCUAUGCCCUGCCCUGCCAUUCCCCCAUCCUAUAAGCUGUUUUCCUUUCCUUGCUGAGGAAAUGUUCCCCUUGUAUUUCUUUGCCAUAUUCGGUUCAAAUGGUCUAGUAAAGGAGAUCAGUAGCUCGGCUAGAAAGUGAACAAAACCUGUCAGUGUAAGGUCUGCUUUCACCAGAGCAACUUGUUCAUGUGUGUCUCAUAAAAUAAAGGGCCUGGUUGUAACUCUUUAUCUUUUUUAGGCAAGAAUUGGAUUUUGCCUACAAGGCAUUUUGUGCGGGGGGAUAUGGAUUCGUAGACUCAUUUCACUGCAUGUCCAUCUGUGAAGGCGUCGGGCAUUGGGCUUAAAGUGGACUACUUUGCUGAACAGGCAAUAUAAGCAUGGCAACUUACAGCCUGAGUGCUCUCCUGCCUGCUACAAGGUCUGAGAACUACUUCGUUAAAGGAGUAUAUAAAUAAAAGGAACAGAACUGUUAGGAAUAAAUUCCCCAUUCGAGGGAAAAAAGAAUGUGUUGGGAAUCUGAGUGUGAGUGUUUGCUUAAAUGUGGACUGGUCAGGUUCACAACUUCGAUACACACAAGAAUAUUCUGGAGGGUGGAAAGGAAACCUAACAAGCAAAACACAGAAAACAAGACACUGGACUUUUUACUGUUUUCUUUAUUCUUCAGUAUUAAUGUUGUGUUUACAUUGGAUAAGGAGAUGAGGUUUAAUGCACUACCCUUUGCAGGGCUAUUUGUAAUUUCUUUUGCAAUGUUAAUAGAGAAAGCAGAAACGACUCAGUGAGAAAUGUGUCUCUCUCCCUUCCCCAGAUCCCUGUGCAACCACAUAUACCAGUACCAUUGCCUGAGCUGGGAAAAUGGAUCCACAGUGCAUUAUGCUCACUUUGUUCCAUUUUGUUUUUCAGCCACUGCACCUUUUACUUUCCUCCCCGCUUCGUCCCUCUAGAGCUUGGUUUUAUUUCCAACCUGACAUUUUGUGAGAACUUUCUGUUACGGUGGAAACCAUGCAGUUAAACCAGACAUUUAAACUGCAAAUAUCAGUUCAUCAUGUUGUGUAUAUAUAAGAAAAGUCAAAAAAGGCAACAUUUUUGACAAGGAAUAAAAAAAGGGGUGGGAAGCUAUGUGUAAUUACUACUUUCUCCUUGGGAGUGUUGACUGUAUAAGAAUACAUUGCUACACAGUUUGUUCCAAAGUGCUUUCCUUUGGUUCUUAAUGGCUUUAUGUAAAGAUUUACAUAUAAACCUGUGAAGAGCUGAGAAGAAAUGAAAUGAGUGCUUAGAUAGUCCUGGCUAAAAUAUAUUUAUAUUAAAAAAAAAAAAAAAAACCCUUCCCCAAGUCCUAUAUUACUCACCAUUGAGACUCCAGGUCAUUGUGUAUAGAGAAUUAGAAGAACAGUCCUGUUGAUGAUCUAAUGUACAGAAAGAUAUGAAAAGCUGAUCCUAGGGGAGGCUGAACAUUUGUUCCUACGCAGAAUCUACUGUCAGAUUUUCAAUGUGGCCACUGUUACGUUUCAUAUAUAUAUAAAAAAUUUCAUUUCUGGAUUCA